CGACGCGAUAUUGGUUAGGUCGCCGACGGAUUUCGUAACACCGCCACCACCGAUCAAACGCAUUCCUGCAGCCGCUAAAACGCUACUUCAGUUCGUACCUAAAUCAAAUCAAAUCAAAGCUAAAACUUUAAUUUGCUGUAAAGUUUCGGUGUUCACGGGUGUACGGUGUGUGCAAUGGGACUGUUGUUAUCAGUGGCAGUGGUGUUAUCGGCGUGGUAAACCAUGUGCGCGACCUGGAGCAGCAGCAGGAGUGCCCUGUGGCGCUCAGACCUCUGCUCCAACGUGCGAUGUCGCGCUCCGCGUCGCUAGCGAACUAUUUUCGUCCGACGAAUUGAUUGCGCGUAGUGCGCGCGUGGGUCCUCACCGGCGGUCGGGCGUCCCCGCGCUCAGAAGCCAGCCGGCAGGCGAGCAGGCGAGCGCAGCGCGAACACCGCGAAGCCGACGACAUCGAAAACCGCGUGCCGCGAGUGCAGUGCCAUUCAUCCACCCACCAACCAGCACCCCCCUCAACCACACCCCCAGGAUACGCGUUGAAUGCGGUGCCCUUGCGGGCGCACCACCGCCACCGCCGGCAUCAACAGCCGUAACACCGGUGUCAUCGGCACCCUCUUCUUCUUCUCAUCCAUCUCGUCGGCGAGCAGCGGGCGCGCGGCGGCGCUGCGCCCGACGCCACCACCACGGCCGCCAAGAUUCCGCGCUCCGAGUAUUUCAGUGACAGUGACAGUGAGAUGAGCUACAAGGACAGGGGGUCGCCCAUCCUCCUCGAAAGUGGCCUCAAGUCCUUCCUGGGACAUCCGGGGCACAACUUUCCUCUCAUCAACGGAAAUAGUAAACCGGCUCAUCCUCACGGUCAUGGUCACUCUGCAAUCAAAGACCUCGCGAGCGGCAUGCUCGCUGGGGGCGGCGGCGCCUGCAAUGAGGACAAGAAAGACGACGGCGAGCUGUGGAACACCGUCGAGGCGCAGACCGCCUUCCUCGGCCCCAAUCUCUGGGACAAAACUUACGAAACAGAUCUCAAGUACGUGGACCUCGAUGAAUUCUUGUCCGAAAAUGGCGUCUCGAUGGACGGUUUGGGCUCACACGGGUCCAUCGGCCCUUUGAGCUCCUCACAUGGGGUGCCCAAACGAGAACGAUCACCCAGCCCCAGCGAUUGCAUGUCGCCGGACACGAUGAACCCACCGUCACCUGCAGAUUCAAUUUUUUCUGAAGCCUUGUCGAUGGCUUCGAGUAGUCGCGACUUUGAUCCACGGACAAGAGCAUUUUCAGACGAAGAGCUCAAGCCGCAGCCGAUCAUCAAGAAGUCGCGGAAGCAGUUCGUGCCCGAAGACCUCAAGGACGACAAAUACUGGGCGCGUCGCAGGAAGAACAACCUAGCGGCGAAGCGGUCACGCGAUGCGCGUCGCAUGAAGGAGAAUCAGAUCGCCCUGCGUGCUGGUUAUCUAGAGAAAGAGAAUAUAGGUUUGCGGCAAGAACUGGAACGACUGAAAAAAGAAAACCUCCUGCUACAAAACAAAUUGGCGAAGUACGAGGACGUGUAACGCGCGCAUCCAUUCAGCGAAGCACAUUUGUAACGCCAAAACUGGUCUCCGUAAAUUGUAAGCAACCUAACCUAAAAGAAUAGCUCACCACACAUAACCAACAAAACAAAAGAGGAAAAGAAAAAAAACGCAAACAGAUCAAGCAGCAGCACCACGUGUCGUCGUCUUCGUCGCUGGAGCAACGAAAACAAAACACACAAACAAAACAAACGACUAGCCACAUUGUAUAUAAAAGCAUACACAUCGUACCGUUUAGUAGUCAUCAAAACAAAACAAAAACCCUAGCUCGUAAGGAUAUUAAUUUUAGUUGUUAAAGGAAAACAAAUACGCAGUGGGUUAAGCAAACAAGUAAAGAAAACAACGGCGUCAACAAAAAACACACAGAGAAUAACUAAGAGAAAACAUAAUAUAUAUAUUAUAUUAAUAAAUCUAUUCAAAUAUUAUAUAUGAAUACUAUAAUGAUUAUAAAGUUCAACGUAGCAAACCAAACAUUCAGAAAAAGAUUGAAAAAUUUACAAAAAAACAAAAAGAGUGCAUAACACAAGUUGCGAUCGGCAGAUGGCGCUACACGCGCGGAUUUCAUGCGGGUUUUUCAUCGUCGACAUCAAGCAUCCAAUUCAAAAUCCAGUGAGAUAUUAUAAAAUGCAUCGUGAUCAUUGUAGAAUAAUCGCUUUACGAUUGAAUAUUAUAUAUUUGUAAUACAAACGCUGUAUCAGCGUUUCGCAAUUACUGCCAUUGUCAAUUAGGUUAUGUGUUGCGUGCGCUCCGCCUGGUAGCGCCAUCUCGCCGACGGCAAACUAAGCCUUUAGUUUAAAAACUUACCUAAAGUAAAAGAUUUCAUCGCAUUAUGAUCUAGACGUGUAGAAAUUACGAACGUUUAAAACUAUUCUAACACACACAGAGCUAUUUAAGAAAACAAUGCGAAAUGUCGAUUAUAUUCUAUGAAAUUGUAUGUAUAAAAAACACGUUGUGAGAAACUUUAAGAUGGCCGAGCGUAUGAGUGACACACCGCAAGAUGGCGGUGUGUCCAUAUGCGAGUCGGCGCUUGUUAAUCCUUAACUAAAGUAAUUGUUGAUUGUUUUUAUGUUUAUAUAGUCUAUUUUUUGAGUUGAGACGCAGCGGAGAGAUAACAAAACGUAAAACAAAACAAAACAACCCGAAUGCUCACAAUCGAUGGACGAAUUAAUGAGAAACAAGAUGGCAGCUGAAUAGCAUAUGUAGCAGUUUGAACGUGUAGCGGAUUUUCUAGGUUACGUAAAUUUAAAUGACAUUAAAUGACACUUGAUUAAAAAUGCACAUUUAGAGAGAUGAACUCAACAAGAGAGGAAAACAAUUGAAGCCGCUUAACAGAAACUUGUUGUAUUUAUUUAGAGGUUAUAGAACGAACGCAACUAGAAUAUUAUACAUUCGUAGAGAAAAGAGGUUAUGAUUAGGUCGUUAAUUCGUGAAAAUUUUUUGCGUUGUUUGUUAGUAGAACGUGAAUUAAUUCCCCAAUUCGGCAAACUAUAUAACGACGAGCGAACAACAUCCGGUAAACAAAACUGAUACCAUAUAUAAAAACGUUGUUAUUUAAUGUGUUACAAGUGAAUGACAAAGACAAUAACUGAUUGGGGAGAUUAAUUAAUUGCAAUUAUUGUUACGAGUAAAAACAAACAAACAAAACGUAGUUACCUUUAACAUAGAACACACGAAACACAUACACACCAGAGGGCGCCACGAGCAUGAACUACCUAAUGUACCUAUCUAAUGUUUAAUUAUCGUUUAAUUACCCCGUUUAAGUUUAAGUGUACAUUGCAAUGCGAGAUUUUUUUCAUUUUUGUUGUAUAUUUUUGAGUUUAUAUUGUGUUUUGAUUGUUUGUACAUAGAGUUCAUUUGUUUGUAAACAAAUCCAACCGUAAAUUUUGACAAUAUUCGAAUUUGUGGUUGGAUUUUUGUUAUGACGUGUUGCUUCUUGGGUUGCCUAUACUCUAUACACAAACCACACACACUCAUUGUCGAUACCAUCACUUGGAUGUUAAAACGUUUAAACGUGUUUUGAUGUAAUGUUACCUACUCACUGACAAAAUGUUACCAGUUAAAGCUCGAGUUGUGACUGUUGUGACUCAAAUCAAAUGUGGUGCGAAGGGAACGCAAGCAAACGUCGAACGGUGAUGUCAAAAUAUGUGAACGCGUACUGAAUGAAUUUUUUGAUAAAAAAAUAUAGUUGCCUUACAAAAGUGACACACGAUGAAUGACGCUGAACCUUUUAUACGAGAAUGAUAUUGCAAGAUUUUGAAUUUGCGUGCGCGAAAUGCCGUUUUUAUAUAUGAACGCCAACGAUGUCAAUACGAAGCGAUGAAUGAGAAUAUGUUAUGAUACGUAAAUGUUACAUGUUGAAAAAGUUUAUAAAACAAAUGAAUUGUUUGACACAUGAUGAACACCCACCACAGAAACACAUACAUAAACACACAACGUAUUUUUCAUUACCAGCCACACCGAACCCCGAAACGAUUUUGGAUGUAUUUAUACGUAAAUUAUACUCAUGUUACCAUCUGUACAUUUUACUUGUUACUCUGUUUCGGACACCAAUCUGCAAAUGAUGAAUGGCUUACGUUUUAAGUACUUUUGUUACCAAUUGUUAUUGAUUUGAUUGUUUAUUAUGAUGUGCAAUGCGAAGAGAGAUGCGAAACAAGUGAACAAUUGAACGACGGCCUCAUUCAACCAAACAAACAAAGCAAACAAAAGUGUGCGCAAACAAAAUACAAUAUUAUUGUAGCGAGAUUUGAUUUUUUGAAUUUUUUGAAUGGGUUUUUCGUUUCUUACUGCUCUGUCCUACGAUUUUAGGCAAAGUUGCGAUGAAAUUAUGUUGUUACAAGAUGAAACGUUAUCUUUUUUUUUUUGUUUUGUUAUCUUUAUUAUUAUCUCGUUUUUAAUUUUUAUUAUUAUUAUUAUUAUAAAUACUGUAUGAUUGCUUUUUAUUUUUGUUCAUGAUUCAUUUUUCUUCUUCUUUUCUUUCUUCUUUCUCGGUUCAUUUCGAUUCAUUUUAUUUAAAUUGUAUAAAAAAUCGUUGCUGUUCACGAGCAUUAAAAUAUAUAAGUAAUGUGGUAGAAAAACAGAAGCAUAUUAUUUGUAACUCGUAUUUUUGAUGUCCUCGUCUAGCGACUGUUUAGAGACUUCUAGGGAGCUUAACAAUUGAACGUAGAGCACUCUUGUCGUAGUAUAAUUAAUGAAGAAAGCUGGCGACUCUUAUUGUGUUGAAUAAUCUGUUAAUCUGUUAAUAGUUUGCAUGGAACUAUUUGGCGACUUUACAACGACUUAUUACUUCACAGCUAUAAUGAAAUACGUUAGUUAAACAUUUUAAUUAUGAUAGCGUAACAUUUAGAUCAUUUGUAGUACCAUUGUAGAUAUUUUUGUAAAAAAAAUGAAAUAUGAAAGCAACAACGAGAAAAUUAAUAGAUUUGAUUUUUUGUUUUUCCAA